UUGAACAAUCGUUCGAAUUAAAAUGUUUCUGAGCGAUUUUCUGAGCGUGUAUAAGCGCCCUGUUAAAAGCUAUUCACUGCAAAUACAAGCUCUUAUGAUUUAUACAAGUAAGUGCAAUAAUUUAAAUAUAUUACGUUAUGAUGUUUUAUUCAUAUUACGUUUAAUUAAUGUUUUAUUCAUAUUCAUAACACAGCUCUUAGUUGGACCCCCUGUGCAAAAACCGGUUUCGAGUAAACAAGGUCGUUAACAUGGGCGAAACACACCGAACACGAUUCGACAAUUCGGUGCCGGUGGUUUUGUCAUAAAAAAAGUAAAGCCUGCAGAAAUUGUAAAGAUUGAGUCACGAUCUUUCUCAUCAGCCGAAAUUAGGCGAAAUACAACAUUGGGCUAUUCCAUUUAAUAUCCGUACCCCCCCUGUCGAGGAUCCCUGGAAUUCUUCAGGGGUAAAGGGUUUUGAGCUUGGAAUUCUUCAGGGGUAAAGUGUUUUGAGCUUGGAAUUCUUCAGGGGUAAAGGGUUUUGAGCUUGGAAUUCUUCAGGGGUAAGGAGGUUCUAUUUGAAAUUUUUCAGAGCUUGGAAUUCUUCAGGGGUAGAGGGUUUUCAGCUUGGAAUUCUUCAGGGGUAAAAGCAUGGGCGUACCGGAAGGAAAAAAUUAGGGGGGCGGAAAGAAAAUUGCCCGACUUUUCGGGAUUCUGCCCGACUAGUACCCAAAAAUUAUUUUGGCGACCUCCACGUCGCCAAAAAAAUUUCGCUCAGUGUACCAUUUUAGGGGUCAAAAAAAUUUUCCGGACAACCAAAAUUUUUCAGAACAUAACACAAAUUUUCAAAAAAUCACAUAAUUUGCCAAAAAAUUGACUUAAUUUUAGACAAAAUUGACUGAAUUUGUCCCAUUUUUUUAUUGCAAACCAAAAUUGCCCGACUAUUGAUCGAAUAUUGCCCGACUGCCCAAAAAAUUGGGGGGGCUGCCGCCCCCCCCCCGCCCCCCCACCCGGUACGCCUAUGGGUAAAAGGUUUUCAGUUUGGAAUUUUUCAGGGGUAAAGGGUUUUGAGCUUGGAAUUCUACAGGGGUAAAGGGUUUUGAGCUUGGAAUUCUUCAGGGGUAAAAGGUUUUGAGCUUGGAAUUCUUCAGGGGUAAAGGGUUUUGAGCUUGGAAUUUUGGAAUUCUUCAGGGGUAAAAGGUUUUGAGCUUGGAAUUCUUCAGGGGUAUAACCAUAAAAAACAUGUAUCCUCGACAGGGGGUGUACGGAUAUUAAAUGGAAUAGCCCAUUUUAGAAGCCAGUGGCGGUGAUUAUAACUACAGAAUUAUACUUAUGAUUUCUAUGUGGUUUACAGGUAUAUACUAUUAUAAACUGGCCGAUGAGCCAAAGAUCGGGACACUGACUCGACCAGUUAAAAAAGUUUAUGAGGGUCCUCAUGGGUAGCGCCGAAGACAAUUUGAAAUUUAGGAUCUGCCAACGCCAUAUUUUAGUGCACUUUGGAGCAAGAUUACAACAGUGGGCAAGAUUCUACAUAAUUAUGAUAUUAUACUGUAUAUUUAGAUUGGAAAUGUUGGAACGUAUUUUUGCCCGGCUUUAUAUUUCUAAUUGAAUAUUUGGUAAACAAUGGCUUUAAUCCCAGUAACACAAAAAGGCACUAUUUGCCCUAUACAAAUGCUAUAAAUAAUCUAAUAACAUGUAACCACCAGAUACGAAUGCAAAUCAACUUCGUUCAGUGAGGCGUCACUCUUCACUUCAGUGUCAAUAGUUCGUUUGGCUACAAACCAUCAUGGCGAACCAAAGCGAAACAGAACAGAUAGAUUUGAGACCUGAAGACAUUGUAGAGGCAUUUAGGCUGCCUCUGACGGUGGAGAAACGACAGCAAGUGAAAGCAGUGCCCACCAAAUACAAAGGCAGGACUGUAAUACGAAUAGGGUCGUGGAACAUGCUGAGUUUCACAAAGCAAAAAGCCGCCAACCCCGGAAUCAGAGAAGUAAUGUGCAUGACUAUUUUGGAAAAUGGGUGAGCGUUUGUGUUGAUUUCUACUCAAAUAUCGAAGCUUUAUGAAAGUAUGAUGUAAAUCUUAGCUCUACAGGGGUUGGAUUUCGAUUUUGAGAGCGAGAAUAUAUCGUGUAUAAAAGGUUGCAUGACUCCAUGCGGUGAUAGCCUAAAGUUGAUCGUAAAUUCGUAAUAUGCAUAUAUACAGUAUAUCUUCAAAAAUACGUAGUUAAAACAGCCUUGUUAGCACGCAAGGUUGUCUAUUUCGACACAGGUUUUAGUCCCAAAUGGCAAAAUUAUUUAAAUGUUGCCCUAAGGUAGUGUAGGUUGUUUAUGCACAUGGAAUUAUUAAUUCGUUUGUGUCGUAUGAUGGCGCGAAAAUUUACAUGCAAGAAUUUUACAGCAUUUUAGGGGUGAGGGGUUUAAAAUUAACGAAUUUUAGGUGAACUAGGAUGGAAUUGAACUUUUGCUGUAUAAGAAAUCGCAAAAACGUUGCAAAUGCUCUUGUCAUAACAAUUUUGUGGUAUUCAAAACUAGUGACCUUGAUCGCUGCUUGACGUCAGGUGACCGAUUCGCACAGUGAUUAUGAGUUGUUUACACCCAUAAGCAGUCUUUGUGCUUUGACUAGGCAAUGUAGCAAAUUGUUCUGUUUAAAAUUUGGAAAUCAGUAUUUAAAACGGCAUACAUAAUACAUAGGCAGAUUGUUGGUUACUAUUUGGUUUAAGACAGAAUAAGCAAGUAUAAAUGUGUAUGAAGGAAUCCUGAUGGGUCCAAUAUACGUUUCUGCCAAAAGGACUUAAAAAUAUGAUGUUUGGGAGGGACGGGGUGUGUAUAAGCGUAAAACAUUUCCGGUGUUUCUACAGAGUUAAGCCCGUUCUCCACUAGGUGAAUUUUUUCGACGCGAAGCGAAAAACAAAUCUUGCCAAUGUGAUUGGUCAGCGAAAAAGUUUGCCUGGUCAAAAGUUCCACCAUUGGGGUACACGGUAUCACAUACACAUACCAAAUUGGGGUACGCGCAUCACACAUAGAUCAGGGGGGGGGGCGCUAUCUCCGUCUCCCCACCCGUGUUUUAUAGCGCGCUGGUUUGACCAAUCAGCGUCUAUGUUUAAAUUAAAAGGCUAUUUUAUGAAUAUGUUUGUAAACACUGAAUUAAAAACGGUAUUCAAAAAUAAUGUUGCAAAACUCUAUAAAACCUCACAAAUCCCUCAAUACGAAUCCUUGAUUGUUGAUUAUCAACGUCUUUUUGGCAGAAACAUAUAAAGCCAGUUACAGGCUACAAUCUUUGACAAUAUAGAUUGGGACAAUCUAGUUUUCACAUGCAUUCGGUUGUAAUAUACCAUUUCCUGAUACAUUUUUUUCCACCCGUUUCAAUGUUGGCGCCUCGCAACCAGACAUUAGAUUUUUGUUGGCUCAACAUUGAACUGGGGGAACAGGGCACUAUUCCUUUCAAAUUGUAUGAAAUUACAGCAGCUGUCCCAUAGUUUCUGGCAAAGAUUCGGUAGCAAACUUUCUAUGACAAGCCUUUCAUAUGGUUGUCAGACUCGGCAAAAAUUGGCAAAGUUGCUUACACAUGUACAGACGACUGAGGACUAAAACUUGUCAUGUGUUGCAGAAACGUGUAAGACGUAUCUUAUUUUGGUAUUCUAUUUCAGCACAAUGUAUACUUUUUCACUGUUUACUGUUAAUCAUUAGGAUAAGCCUUCUUGCUGCACAAGAGCUGGCCGAAGAGGGAGCUUUAGAGAUGGUAAGGGAUAUGUUAGGAUAAUGAUUUCAUAUUACGUGCUCAAACGCCAAUGUGCUCCCCUCAAGUUUUUUGGGCGGUAGGCCCAAACCACAGAGUAAAUACAUACAGAGGUGGAAUCUUAAAUACAUACAGCUCAGGUGAAACAUUGAAUUGCGGAAACUUACGUUUUUGUGUACCCACUUUUUUUCAGGCGACCGGGCAAAAAAAUUAUCAACUGCGCGUGCUCAGCAAGUUCCGCGAGCAGUUAAUUUAAAGCGAGCCGCCAUCCAAUGGGGAUGCAUGCAUCUAGCCGAACAUGCGCACAAAAAGUGGGUACACUAGUUAUAACUCUGUAUAUGUAUUAAGAAAAGGUCAUCAACUUUAGGAUUAGAGGUUGGGAUUAUGGUUAGGGUUAUUUUAAUCGUAGACCAUUACAACCCAAUACUUUAUUGCAUACAAUGGCUUUACAACGCCAAUAGAUUAUUGGUUACAACGUGCGGAACGGCUGCCGAGUCAGUUUAGCGCCGGUCAGUUCUUACUCCUAAACCCUAUUCCAUUGUGAAUUUUAUUCAAUUUCAAGACUGCAGCCAAAUAAACAAAAUGUACCUUGUAAAAGAGUAUUUAACUGUUAAAUAAACAAAUUUACUUGCCUGAUGGCUAUUUUGUGUAAUAUAAAAUUCGAGACAAAAUCCUUGACACGUUUAAAGGUGAUCUACAGUCCGAUCUGCGCAUGUGCACAAAUGAGCCCACUUUUUAUGAUACAGACACUUUAACUAUGUUUUGAGUUCUUGAAAAGCCUGAUUGUUGUUUCUUGAUCAUUUAUUAUACUCUAGAAGCUUGAAAAUAUAAAUAGUUGUCGAAUAAAGCUCAAUAUUUUGGACACAAAAAUGUAAACAAAGGCUUUGUUUACAUACGGACUGUAGAUCACCUUUAAUAUGCUACGCACAAUAUAAUGGAGUCUGUGAGAUAAGUGAAGUUGUUUAUUUAAAUAUAUUUUUCUCUUUUACAAGGUAAAUUUUGUCUCGUUUAAAAUAAUUUACUAUGCAUAUACUAAACAGUAUACGAUCGGGCUAUCUGUGAUUGCAUCUCUAUCAAUCUGAAUCUUUCUCAUUGGCAAGUGUUUGUUUUUACCAAGAUACGAGACGAACUGAACAAUCCAACUACUCCAAAUCAUAAACUGUGGAAAGGACAUCGAGGAAAAUGGGAAUGCAUCACGUCAGAAGUUGCCGGAAGAAUGUAUAGGGUAACGCCGGGUCAAUCAUGUUUUAAUUAGACAUUUAAUAAAUUAAUUAGACAACUUUACAUCCUUUGUCUUUGAUUCCAUACCAUUAACGAAAGAUGUAUUAAGUUAUACAAGGUGUAUAAAAGUGCCUUCCGCCCAAAAAUAGAAGUUUUUUCCUUAGGAUGACGGUCAUCCGAUGACCCCUGCUGCCAACUCUCAGUCGCUAUGCGCUCUCGUUCUCGUAUGGGAAAGGUAAAUUUUGUAUGUGUAAUUUGACAAUGAUAUAGGCAUCUGAAUGCAAUGGCUUUCUCUGGGAUACAAGUCGUAAUGUUGAACUGAAAGAUCAUGGUUUAUUGGAACGAAAACAACGCAGAAAGAGAGGGGAGAAGAAAGAUUUUGCACGAAAACCAUUCAUUGGAUAUUUCAAGGUUGGUGUGUGUGGGAAACAAUGAAAAUGAAAUGUUUUUGCCCACUUCCACUGCUCCAGAUAAGAUAAACACUUCGACGGGGAGGGGGAGGGGGGGGGAUUGCCGGUUAGUAUUUCCAGAUCAGCGGAUGCAACCUGUGUAAAUCAAGCAAGCGCAAGUCGCUUACGACAACGUAGGCCGCGAGUUGUGUGUACUUGAUGUACACAGUACCACUCAAGUUGUAAGCAGGUUGCAUGCGACAGUUUUAGGCAAAAGUUGCAUGUAGUGUAAAUCGGCCUUCAAUAUAACAAUAGUUCUUUAUAGUUUUACUAAAAAUGUAAAAUUUAGGCCUGCAGCUUCUUGAGUAACCUACCUCUUUUAUUUAGGUGUAUAGAUUUGAUUUCGUCCUUCUCAGUGUUCACUUGAAGGCAACAGGACUUGAAAACGAAGAUAUUGAACGAUUACAGGUGACGUUUAAUAAUGCAUGCAUGCUAAAAAGGUUGGGAAAAGUUAUUUCGCGGACCUCAGAAUGACAUUUCGUCAAAAUUUUUUUCUUUAAGAUUGGUUUAGAAACAAACUUGGAGUAGGGUUAGGUUAGGGUUAGAUUUGGUGUUUGGAGCAGGGUUAGUGUUAGUAAAACCGUUGCUUUGUUACGUUUUGUCACUCUGAGGCCCGCGAAAUAACCUCUUUCAAAAAGGUUCGCAAUGAAUGUUGAAUUUAUGCAUGGCAGCCAUGGCUAGCGGCUGCAGGCUCACUCCAAUGUUUUCCCCGCCCUAUUAGCCAUUCCGAAGUUGAUGAGUGGACUGGAAACGAGUGUUAAAAAGUGCCUAAAUUAAGAAAUGAACCAAAUCACUAAGAAGACCACCUCACAAUUAGGUAAGUAUACAAAGUUUGAAGACGUUUACAUGAAUACCCUUCGAAUAAUAAGCUUUCGAAAAUUGUGAAAUUGCUGAUUUUAAAAGGACGUUUUUGGGACGCGCGUCCCCAAAUUAAAAACAAAAAUGACAGUACAUUUCAUAGUAAAUAUCGCGAUUUUCGAAAGCUUAUUCGAAGGGUAUUCAUGUAAAUGUCUUCAAACUUUGUAUACAUACUAAUUUUGAGGUGGUCUUUUUAUUGAUUUGGUUCAUUUCUUAAUUUGGGCACUUUUUAACACUCGUCCCCUGUCCUCUCAUCAACUUCGGAAUGGCUAAUUAUUAAUUGCAUUCUUAUAUCAUGUCCGUUUACCUGUAGGGUGAAAUUGAUACUAUACCUAACAUAUUUGAAGCAAUUAAAGACAGUAUGCCAGGUAGGGCCUAGCUCUUAUUCUGAUACAUUCGGACGGUUGAUUCUCUGCUUUGCUAGUGAUGUCAAAUCGGUUAAAAUAUUUAGACGAUGUAAACGCAGUGGUGUAAAACGACCACAACUGAGAUUAUCACAAGGGCGGGGGAUGCAAAGCUGACAAAGCGUGGAGGGUGCAAUCACUAGAUCAGUGGGUGCAACAUGAUAAACAUGGAAAGUUCCAGGAUUUAUUUUUGGUUCUAGUAAUUCUUCAAUUAGUGUUUUAUGAAGAUAGGACUUAAAUUCAAAUAAAAGAUUGCGAUAUUCCGCAAUCUAUAUAAGCUAUUUCAUGUUGGAGCUUAAUGGUAUUAUCAUAAUCAAGAACAGAUUGCUAACAUCAUUACCGCAUCAUUUCAACCGUACAUUAAAGAAAAACUCCAGGUUAUGAAUAUGCGAUCUGAAAAAAUCUUUAAAAAUAUUGGGAGAUCAGUUCCCCAAACCGCAACAUAGCAAGCCCGAAACAUAACAACCCCCCCCCCCCCCAUUCUAUACCACUGUGUAGUGUGUAAACAUGGUGAGGUUUUUUGACAUGCUCUUUUACAAUCUCUGUUUAAGGCGAGGAUGACAUCAUGGUUGUAGGAGAUUUUAACCUCACACCAACAGAUAAAUGUGAGUAAGACUUUUUGUUCAAGGUGCAAAAAAAGUUCCGCAAAAUUUCUGAAGAAUUUAUGUGAAUAUGAGUAUAUCAGAGUCUCUGAUUUUCCUAGUACAGAAACUAAUGGCUCGGGGCUCUUUCAAAAACCAUAUUAAGAACUACAGUACAAGAUAAUUUGACGUACUGCAAAUUAAGUCCAUCAUCUGAGAUUCAUUCUGUGAUCAUUUCUUGUUGCAUGUUAGCAUUCGAUGAUUUUCGUGAGGCUGGAUUUGUGAACGCCAUUGAGGAUGGUACACAUACAAACAUCAGUCCUACGCGUCUCGACGGAUCAAUGACCUAUGACAAUCUCUGGAUCAAACAAUCAGGAAGAGCUGACAGACAGGAGUAUACCGGGCGUUCUGGUUAGUAUACAGCUUCCGCUAUAAUUUCACAUCUCCUAUGGACGCUAAAUAUGCAAAUUAAGGAAGUCAGUUAACAUGGACUGAAACCUGAUCUUGAAGCAAUCCUCAAUCCUGGCCACAUCACUAAACCUUAUGUUUGGGCUCAGCGUCAUCACUAAUCUUGCGCAUGAUUGGUGGGCUCAGCGUUCGUUAGGCUCAGGUUUCAGUCAAUGUUAAUUGAUUCCUACAUUUGCAUAUUAAGCGUCCGUAUUUGUCAUGAAAUUAUCACCUCUGAAUGUCAAUAACUACGGCAUUGCACAACGCUUAAGACCAUGUAAUUUACAUUCGCCUUUGAGGAUCAAUGCUAUUGUUGAUGACCACGUUGCCGUUGUACUUGCCCUAAUGGGAGACUCGUCGACGUGUAUGGUUAAAUAAAUCAUAUAUGGUACUUAUCUUCGCAGGUGUCUGCCGUGCAAACCAAACGCACCAGUGGAUCCCCAGUAACAGCAGUAAGAGUGUCCCAGGCGUUCCCUCUGACCACUGCAUGGUUUGGGCGGAGUUCUUCUAUGGCAAAGAUUAUGACAAAUCUAAGGGGGAUGACCUGAGUUUGAAGGAAUCCAAAAGAUUCAAGAUGGGAGACAGUGGCGAUGAGGACGAGUCCUAAACUGUCCAAAGUGGCUGAGGAGGGGGGGGGGGGGUAUGGCUUAACUGUGGCGAACACCCCCUUAUUUUUAUUCCUUUUAACACUAGUUUUUUAGCUUAGUAAACAAAGGGAAAAAAUUCCCAUGUGGUAAAUUAGUACAAACCGCAAUAUGUUUAAUAUUUCCAUAUUAAUGGUCCUUUAUUCUUUUCCUGCGCACAGGAAAAUACCAUAAAUGGUAAAUACUAAACAUCGUGGUUUUUGCCAAUUUUACACAUUCCUGGUUACAUUUUUAACCAGGCAAAUGUAGAAAGUAAGAAAUAACCAGGGAAUUUAACCAUGAAUACUGAGUUAUCCCAGAUAGGGUUAUUUCUUGGUUAACUGGGAAAAUUUUUAACCAGGGUGUUUUUAGAGUGCAUUCAAAUCAUAGCAUGCCAUUCGUUUUGGUUUUUAGUAGUUCAUAAAAUUUUGUAAUUUAGUUAGUAUUCCAAAUUUGUUUACUUGGCACGAAGUCUUCGCUUGAUAUUUUCAAAAGGUUUUUACUUGUAAGUUGAUGAGUUUGCCAGGAAGCUAAUCCUCGGCAGAGAUGUAUUCGAGCUCAAUGAAUCACGCAAAAGAGCUAUGUAUUUCUUUAUCCUAAAAUUUCGAGGAGCUCUGGAACAGGGCCGCAGGAAGAUCAAUAAUUGGGGGGGGGGGGCUCAUAUUUAACAAAUAUAAAACAUUUUCCGUGUUGAUAUACAGUUGUAUCAACACGAGUGGAAAUUGGGAAAACGAGAAAUUGUGUGGAAACACGACGCUCGAACGGAGGAGUGUUUUCACACAAUUU